GGGCUCCCUGCUGGCGGUGGCGCGCCGGGCGGGGGCAGUGGCGGUUGGCGGCCGUUGCUCUUGGGGCUCGCGCUCGCUCGCCCGCGCACCGCGAUGCCGCUGGAGUUCGAGCUGUGCCCGGGCCGGCGGGUCGGGGGGGCCCAGCCCUGCUUCAUCAUCGCCGAGAUCGGCCAGAACCACCAGGGGGACCUCGCCAUCGCCAAGCAGAUGAUCCGCAUGGUCAAGGAGUGUGGAGCAGACUGUGCCAAGUUCCAGAAGAGUGAGUUGGAGCACAAAUUUAACAAAAAAGCCCUGGAGAGGCCCUAUACCUCCAAACACUCCUGGGGAAAGACUUAUGGAGAGCACAAGCGCCACCUGGAGUUCAGUCAUGACCAGUAUCGAGAGCUGCAAAAGUAUGCAAAGGAGAUAGGCAUCUACUUCACAGCCUCUGGCAUGGAUGAGAUGGCGGUCGAGUUUCUGCAUGAACUGGAUGUUCCGUUUUUUAAAGUAGGAUCAGGGGAUACAAACAAUUUUCCAUAUUUGGAAAAAACAGCAAAGAAAGGUCGCCCAAUGGUAAUUUCCAGUGGGAUGCAGUCAAUGGACACAAUGCACAAGGUUUAUCAGCUUGUGAAACCGAUCAAUCCCAACUUCUGCAUUCUCCAGUGCACUAGUGCUUACCCUCUUCAGCCUGAAGAUGUCAACCUCCAUGUGAUAACGGCGUAUCAGUCAGCUUUUCCCGAUAUCCCCAUUGGCUAUUCUGGACAUGAGACUGGCGUAGCCAUUUCAGUAGCAGCAGUUGCUAUGGGUGCUAAAGUACUGGAACGCCAUGUGACUUUGGACAAAACAUGGAAAGGAAGUGAUCACCAGGCAUCCCUGGAGCCGAAUGAACUGGCAGAAUUGGUGAGAACGAUCCGUCUGGUGGAAAAAGCAAUGGGGUCUCCAGUCAAACAGCUCUUGCCCUGUGAAAUGGCCUGUAAUGAAAAGCUGGGAAAGUCCGUGGUGGCAAAAGUGCCUAUCCCUGAAGGUACGGUGCUGACUCUUGCCAUGCUCACAGUGAAGGUGGGAGAACCUAAAGGAUACCUCCCAGAAGAAAUUUUUGAUCUGGUUGGCAAAAAGGUCAAAAUAAACAUUGAAGAAGAUGAAACAAUCACUGAGGAUGCAAUAGAAAAUCAUGUUAAAAAAGUGAAAUGCUAAAUGUAAGCAUUCACUUCUGUAUUGUUCAUAACAUGCUGUGCAGUACAGUACUGCAGCCAUACUCUUUGGAAUUAAUAGCAUGGUACAUUAGAAAUGAAGGGAUUUAGGUAUGAGAAUCUGAACAGAAUUUCUAUGUCAUGUUGGCAAAAAGAUAUUUUCCGUAAACUUACAUGAAAUUAUGAACCCAGUUUUAUUAGAAGUUGUGUAAUAUUGUGCUAAAAAAGGAUGUAAUCUUCAACAUCACCAAAGAUCCUGUUCAGAAAUGUCUUGUAUACUGCUCAUUGUCAUGAUCUCGCAGUAAUGGUUAUUUGGGUGAUGGUUUAUUUCAGUGAACAGUAUGUACAGGUUCCUUUUGGGAUGAUCUAGAUCUAAGAUGUCAAUAUGCACGUACCAGUCUCAGUAGAACUAUCCUAGCAGAAACGUGUCUCAUUAGACAAUUAUGCAGUAAAUAUUCCCAGUGACCUUUCUUUUUUUUGUAAACACCUUUCAAUCAUCUGAUGCUAGAGACUGGAUUACGUACAGCAUUUCUGCUCCACUGUGACAACUCAUUUGUGUCUCCUGGCUACCUUUCCUCCCCAUCAUCUCCUUUACAGUGAGAAUUGCAGCCUCCUGCUACAGCAGCCUUGCUCCUUGCCAACUGAUUGCUGCUGCUUCGCUCCUGCAUGCAGGGUUAUAGGCUAGGAGAAAUGGCAGCUAUGGGCUGCAGGUAAUACUCUUCAGUUACCUUAAUAACUGGAGAAAUACCUUAUUAGAAUGGAUAAAGUCAUUUUUAUCAAUGAUGUUGAUGGAACUUUCUACCUCCUAUGACUUUAGGUAUCUUGGACACCCUGACAAUAUAAGCAGAGGUGUGGGCUGCUUAAUGUUUAUCUUAAACGUACUACUGCAGUGCCUAUACAUUUAAGAUGGGAAGAGGUUGUUUCACUCAGCUUCUUGCUGAAAUUGUAUGAAUCAUGAUUGUGAGCUUCAGUUGAUUCAGUAUGCUUGCCUUAGUAGAAGAUGAUGCUAAA